UCGAUUUCGCGAUGCGCGGAUUCCACAGCUUGUACCUCGCUUGAUCAACCAGUCUCACGUCGGGAACAGCCAUCCGAUGACGUCUUAGACUUGACUUCGGACGCGUUCGAAGCGACAACGCGUCACAAGUAAAUGCUGCCCAUAAAGGAGGGCAAGACAGGUGCCCACUGCAGAACUAAGUAUUCGAAAUUACACAAAUGCGGCCAUUCACGAUCGCACGAACCUGCAACACAUCAUUCACACGGUUAUCGAAACCUACAGUCUCACAGAUCUCCAGAUACACAACAUCAGCUAAGAUGUCCACCGCUGAAGCCGUCGCAGGAAUUCCCAGCCAGCCCCCCUCUCCCAACAUCGAGAACACUAACAUCUCCACCGCCCCCGGCAUAACCCUCUCUUCGCAACAACAGACCAUUAUCGGUUCAAUCCUCGAUCUCUUUGCCGGCCGACCCUCACUGCAAAAGCUCGCUCUCUGGCGCGACGAUGCGACUUUUGAGGAUCCCAUUACCAUCGCCCAGGGCCGCGAGAAGUACCAGGCGCAAUGGUAUGGGCUACAGAGCGCAUUCAGUGAGAUUGAAAGGCAGCACCACAGUGUCAAGGAUGCGGGGAACCCGAUCUUGAUGGACUUGAAGACGAGAUAUGUGGUCAAGGGAAUCAACAAGGAGCAGAUGGUGAGUAGUGUUGUGGCUAUCCACCUUGAUGGUGAGGGCAAGAUCCAGAAGGUUCAGGAUAAGUGGGAUGGGAAGCUGCCUGACGGGGCGAUUGCGAAUGCUUUCCGUCACCUCAACGCUGUCACCGUACCGAAGUUGAUCAACGUGCCCAAGAACGAUAAGGAAGAUGCUGAGAGAGGAAACUAGAUCUUAGUGGGCGAAACAAAUCGCAGGUCUAUGCUCAUGUAGCGUACGGGUGUUCGUAAAUCGUAAUCUCAUGACGACCU